CGUUUCAGGACCCAGGGAGGACUCUUCGCAGACAAACAACUUUGAGAUCAAAACAAUCUCUGAGGAACUGCUGCUGCCCGGACCCUUCUCUACACAACGGCCACACCCGAAGAAAAACAUACUUUUACUUGGUCAGGUAGGUCAAAGUAUCGCAACAGAGGCAAGAUGAUCGGAAAGAUUCUUUCUCAUCUGCUGGGGAGUGCUGGCGAGGACUGUGACGUAGCCGACGACACUUUUGAAGAGCUGAUGGAAUUUGAGGAGGGAGGAUGGGUCAUUGUUAAUCUCCCAGAGAACGGGCCGCUAUCAGCCCCCGAGGUGGAUCCCCUCGAGAACCUGCUGAUUGAGCACCCUAGCAUGUCUGUCUACCAGAUGAGAUGCGGGAUGAGUGGAGAGGAGGAGGAGGAGGAGCAAGGCUUUGACGAAGACGAAGAGGACACUUCGAGGCCAGUGGCAGUGAGGCAGCACAUAUCUUGGCAUCUGGCUGCCUGGGGAAUCCCUCUGCCCUGCAACAUCCAGCUGCUGGCUGUCCAGAGAGCCAGGACCCAGGCUGAGCGGAAGAAGCUAAGCCGCAGCUCCCUCCACAGGCAGAACCUCACUAAGCCACGAUUCUCCCCAGCAGAGAAGCGCUACAGCCACUUCAAGCAGCCCUGCCAGCGCCUGUACAACUACUGAAAAGUAGUGAUGAAACUGCUCAUAAUGGUGUGUCUCAAGUUGCCCCCACCACAGUCCAGUGUGCAGAAUGGUGCCUAGACUUUGAAAUACUCUGAUUUCAUUGCAACACGUUUGUAUUUUGAUUUUAAUGUAGGCUACGUGCACUGCAAUCCUCACAUCUGAAAGCACUGAGAACAAUGACAUCAAUCUCCUGAUAUGACAGUCAGUCCCUCAGAUUGGAAACCAUUAGUAACAAAGUUACUUUCAAACAAAAAUGUUUGUACAUUAGCAGUGAGAACAUGAGUUGUUUGACUUGUUUAGAUUGAUUAAGUGUGUGAAGUUAUUGUAAAGGAGUUGUUACCGUUGCAGUGUGUGACACUGUUCCCAAUGAGAAAAACUCAAGCCUGUUGAAUACUUUGCAUAAUCUAAUUAUGAUGCAGUUGGAGUAUGGCCGAUUUUGAUAGGGUAUUCCUUGGUUGUAUUCAGUAUGUAUUAUAACAUGUGCCUCAGCUUUAGACGUUGUUUUUACAAGUGUAUUAAAAGUUAAUUUCAUACCAUGUUCCCCGGUACAGUAUUCCUGUCAUGUGAAAACAUUAACGAUACUCUGGGAAUUCCAUAAAAUAAAUUUUCCCUCUGUUUCAAAUUGAGUCCGCAUAAGGAAUAUUCACAAAACCCCUGUUCAAGUUUUGUACUGAGUGUACCAUUUUGUACUUUUCAGCAGGUACUCACUUUUAGUCUCACGAGUGUAAAUACAGUUGAAUAUUAUGUUUUUCUAUUUGUGUGUAUUUAUGAAAUGUACAAAAAAAUUCAAAUAA